GCCAUGCAGGGGAAGAAGGUAGGAGAAGGCAGUGGAAGGAUGAAGAACACUGCCAGCAAUUACCCAUUAAAGAACUCCGAAGAACAUCCCCGACACUCCUUAUUACCAAUCUCACCCCUUAUAAAACCCUCAAUCCCCCAUCACACACCACACCAACAGAAAUUUCAUCUAAUAAGCCACUCGUCAUUCAAAUUCAACCCAAAAUGUCUUUGAUUCCAAGUGUAUUCGGCACCAGGAGCCUCUUCGACCCCUUCUUGUCAGACAUAUGGGCACCCACCACCGCCAGCGAAGCCUCCUCAUUCGCCAACACGCAGGUCGAUUGGAAAGAGACCCCAGAGGCCCACAUUUUCAAGGCCGAUCUGCCGGGGCUGAAGAAGGAGGAAGUCAAAGUGGAGGUGGAGGACGGCGGCGUGCUUCAAAUCAGCGGAGAGAGAGGCGUUGAAAAGGAGGAGAAGAACGAGAAGUGGCAUCGCGUUGAAAGGGGCAAAGGGAAGUUCCUGAGGAGAUUCAGACUGCCGCAGAAUGCUAAAGUGGAGGAGGUCAAGGCGGCGAUGGAGAAUGGGGUUCUGACUGUCACCGUUCCGAAGGUGCCGGAGAAGAAGCCGGCGGUAAAAUCGGUUGAAAUCUCCGGGUGAAGAGAUAGAAUGGAGCUGAUCACCGGUGGGUGGCGGUGUUUGGUUGAUAUGUAAUGAAUGGACUUGAAUAAAUAUGUAAAAGUUUGAAAAUUUCAUAAAUCUGGAGCUGAGUUUAUUACUUAGAUGUGUGUUUCAAUUA